AUGAAGUUGAACCAUUCUCCUAAAGAUGCUGCUACUAGAGGUGGUGGUCCACCCUCCAUCAACCCUGCCCUAGCCAGUCCCAUUCAGAGUGCUAGUGUGAUGGUCAAUGGUUCCAUCCCAAAUAUCCCAGGUUUGUUGACAAGCAAGGAUGUCUCUUCUACUGACACAGAUUGUAAACCAAUGGUUAGUCAGGCUAUUGGGAAUGUUGAUCUUGCCUUUGUCAAACAAAUUUCUGUUGAAGACAAACCUACUUCGGCUGCCAUCAUCAGGUUUAGUAAUGACAAGAUAGCCUGUGGUCUGGUUACCUUGUCAAAGUUCUUCACUGCAAAAAUGGUUUUCCUAGACGCAUACAUUCUGCCAUAA